AAAUCUCCAAUCCAAAUUACACCAAAUGAAACCCAAUUAAGAUUUCCAUUAUUAGAGUGAUAAUUAUUCAAAAUAGAUUUCCAUUAUUACAAAAGGUUAAGAAAAGAAAAACAAAAAGAAAUUAUCGCAAACCGAGGGACUGUAAUCUCUGGUCACAGACAAGGCGGAUGUUUCUCUUUGGAUCCAUCAACUCUACGCAUCACCUUUUCUACCCAUUUUCCUUCGAUAUAUCUCUGUGUUUAAUAAAAUAAAAUAAGGAGAACGUAGACCUACUUUGCUUCCUUUCACUCUGUGUUUAGAGACCUAUCUUUGAAUUUUUUUUUGGGGAAUCCUUGAUCCGGUUUCGCGGAUGGCGGAAAUAGACCACUGUUGCUCCACUCAAUUGAUAGAUGGAGAAGGAGAGUUCAAUGUAGUUGGACUCGACAACUUCAUUCGGACCACUAAGCUCACUAACUGUGGCCUCUCUUAUGCCGUCGUAGCUAUCAUGGGCCCCCAAAGUAGCGGGAAGAGCAACCUGUUAAAUCAUCUUUUCCAGACAAAUUUUAGGGAGAUGGAUGCAUUCAGAGGAAGGAGUCAAACUACCAAGGGUAUUUGGAUUGCAAACUGUGUUGGCAUAGAUCCUUUCACGGUUGCCAUGGAUUUGGAAGGUACUGAUGGAAGAGAAAGAGGCGAGGAUGACACUACAUUUGAGAAACAAAGUGCCCUUUUUGCUUUGGCCAUUGCUGAUAUUGUGCUAAUAAACAUGUGGUGUCAUGAUAUUGGUCGGGAGCAGGCUGCCAACAAACCACUUCUGAAAACAGUUUUUCAGGUUAUGAUGCGUUUAUUCAGCCCCCGGAAAACAACGCAACUGUUUGUUGUACGUGACAAAACAAAGACCCCUCUUGAAUAUUUGGAGCCUAUCCCGAGAGAAGAUAUUCAAAAGAGUUUUUUUUUUGUCCAGCUGCUGUGUACGAUGGUGCCAAUGGCGACGCGUGGAGGUCCGCUAACUGGAGCAAGGUCGGACCUAUAAUUUAGAAGGGAAGAGAACAGUGUUAUUAUUAUUAUUUUUUUUUAAAACCAUUUUACUUAAUAUUUUUUUCUUAUUCAGCCUACUUUAAAUUUUUAAUUAAAUUUUUAUUAGUA